GAGUGAGACGUCUGAGCUUUUGUCCCGCCCUCGUCUUUGAAACGUCAACAGCGCCAAAUUUCAGGCUCCUCUGACGGGAAAAUGGGCACCUGUGUCGAGGAGCCGCAAUGGAGAAAAGUCCAUUCAGUUACCGGAGUGAUACCGCGGUCUAGACACGGACACCGAGCAGCGGCGAUCCGGGAGUUGAUCAUUGUGUUCGGGGGCGGAAACGAAGGGAUAGCGGAGGACCUCCAUGUUUACAACACUGUCUCAAAGCAGUGGUUUCUGCCUGCUGUGAGGGGCGACAUCCCACCGGGCUGUGCUGCCCAUGGCUUCGUCUGCGAAGGCACUCGAAUACUGGUCUUUGGUGGCAUGGUGGAGUUUGGCAAAUACACCAACAGCCUGUAUGAACUUCAGGCUAGUCGCUGGCUGUGGAAGAAGCUGAAGCCCAGAGCACCCAGGAAUGGCUUGCCUCCCUGCCCUCGGAUUGGACACAGCCUCACUCUUGUGGCUAACAAGUGUUACCUGUUUGGAGGGCUGGCCAAUGAUAGCGAGGACCCCAAUGGCAACGUCCCACGGUACAUGGGUGACUUGUAUGAGUUGGAGUUGCAGUCAGUGUCGGGGGUGAGAGGCUGGAGCAUCCCGGAGACAAAAGGUGGUGGUCCCCCAGCGCGAGAGUCCCACACCUCGGUAGCCUACACUGGCCUCGGCUCUCCGAAGCUUUACAUCUUUGGAGGGAUGCAUGGAUGUCGGUUAGAUGACCUCUGGCAGCUUGACCUGGACACAAUGGUUUGGUCAGUGCCUGAAACAAGGGGUUCCACACCAGUACCCAGAAGCCUUCACUCUGCCGGUGUCAUUGAAAACAAGAUGUAUGUUUUCGGUGGCUGGAUUCCUGUUCCAGAGUCAGACAAACCUAACGCUUUAGGAACCGAGUGGAUCUGCACAAACUCCUUAAGUGUGCUCAACUUAGACACUAUGACCUGGCAGAACCUGGGCCCAGAUCAGCAGGAUGAUAUUGAGUCCCAGCUGCAGAGCCAGGGACCGCAGAGUGACGACCAGUAUGCCUGCAGGCCCAGAGCCAGGGCCGGCCACUGCGCCACCACCGUCGGAUCCAGGCUUUACAUUUGGAGCGGCCGCGACGGAUACCGCAAGAGCUGGAACUACCAGGUCUGCUGCAAGGACCUCUGGUACCUGGAGACAGAUCGACCAGCCACCCCAGAGGCGGUGUUGCUCAUCAAAUCCACAGUCAGCAUGCUCCAUGUGGCGUGGCGCCCUCUGGCAGCGGCAGACUGCUACAUCCUUCAGAUUCAGCCCGUGCGUCCUCCCAGCUCGGCAGCCAGCAGUCCACCAGCCAAACCAGUCGAUCCAAGCGGAGCAGAUGGACAGGAGGGGAAGGAUAAAGAUCCUGCAGGUGUGCAGACCGUUCAACCUCAAAGUGAAGGCAACACUAAAAAAGAAGAGAACACAUCAGCUCAGGAUGCUUCAGUGCAGCAGGAAACUCCAGCGAAAUCGUCCAGCGGCUCAGCGGAAACCCGAACAGACAGAGGGAGGAACGGUGGGAGAGAGACGGAGGACAACUCCGACACAAAACGCUGCGCUGCUCGACAGGAGACAUCAUCAACAGAGGUCAGCAGCUCAACUCAGCACCCGUCAGACAAACAAUCUGCUACAGCUGACAAGACAACAGAUUUCUACGCCCACACAGAUGAGCAGAGUCCAGACAAAGCAGUGUGGUGUGAUGUCGGCGUAUUCAAAACGCUCUUCUCUGAGGUCAGCCACUACUUUCUGCCAGCUGAUAACGACCAGGCGACUACAGGCGUCAGCAGCCGGCCUCCGAAUACUAAAGAGCCCUUCCCCCAGAGGAAGCUGCCAGUGCCUCAGGACUACCAGGGCAGAGAGAAGCGGGAGCUGGCUCCAGGUCAGACCUACAGAUUCAGAGUUGCAGGCUUCAACUGCUUCGGCCAGGGAGACUUCAGCCCAGUCAGCGAGUUCAAGACCUGCCAACCAGGCUUCCCUGGAGCGCCCUCUGCUGUCAAAAUCACCAAGGCCAACGAUUCGGUCCACAUCACGUGGGAGGCUCCCCCCUCUCCAUCAGGCCGCAUCCUGGAGUAUUCCAUGUACAUGGCGGUGAAGAAGAGCCGCUCCACCAGCUCAGAGCGUCCGGGUCAAAUGGCCUUCAUCCGGAUCUACCGCGGCACCAAGACGUCUUGCUCGGUCAGCUCCACGCACCUUUACAACGCCCAGAUCGACUGCUCCGCCUCCAACCGGCCGGCCGUCGUCUUCCGCAUCGCCGCCAAGAACGAACAGGGCUACGGCCCCGCCACGCAGAUCCGCUGGAUUCAAGAUCCCAGUAAAAUGCGAACUUCAUCCAAGGCAGACAGCGCUGAGGCCGACCAGGACGCUGCUGACAGCUCCAGCUGAAAAAGUUCAACCAUUGCCUUUGUGUUUUGGAAAAAGACUGCACUCAGGACGUUGGCAGUGUAUGCCAGUCAGAUGCUGUAUAAUAUUUCUUUAAUAGUUUUGUUAAUUUAUUUUUAUAUGUAUUUAAUUACUCCCUUGUACAUACAAUAUAUAAACAUUUUCACAGCAUGUUUGAUCACUUGGCUAUUUUUAGUUACACAGAUGUUUUGUUAAGAAAUAUGUCGACCAAACUGUAAGUAUGAUUAGAGAUGUCAAACUCUUUAAGGUCGGAGGUGCCUUACUUAGUUUUCCACCUGCUGAUGCUUUUAUAUGUUCUCGUUUUGAAUGAAACACAGAUGGUAACACAUUUUCAGCGCUAAUGUACAUCAGAAAAGAAAAUCUUUUUUUUUUUUUUUUUUAGCGCGGAUCACUUUAUAAUCCUAUCGACUCAGUGAGGAUAUGAAAUAUCACUAAUCUAUCCAGUGGAAUGUUAGUGUUGUUUUAAGAUUAUUUUCUAUGAUUCAGAUUUGGUUCAAGAUCUUUGUUAAUGUUGUGUUUGGUCACUGUGCACCAGCUAUCUGUUACUGCAAGUAUCCUCUGUAUCCAUUACAAAACUGCAUCACAUUUGA